AUGGAUGAAGAUGAUUGUUCCGUCUCAAAACCAAUUGAACAUGCACUUUAUACUCCAUCAAUUGUUAGUGGCUCUGCAAAUAUGGGACCCCUUUCUCAUGAGGGACGGAAAAAUCGAUCAGAAGCUUGGAAUCAUUUCAUUCAACUAGAACCAAAAUCGGAUAAAAGGGCUCAAUGCAAGUAUUGUGAUAUCCUUAUUCGAUAUGAGAAAGGAACAACUGCAAUGCGUUAUCAUGUGUUGAGAUGUCCAAAUAACCCCAAUAAAGCAGUAAACAAGAGACAAAAAGUAGGUUCAUCUUCAACAAUUGAUGGAAAUACUAACUCUCCUUCUUAUGGUAGAUUUGACCAAGAACUUUGUCAAGAAGAACUGGUAAAAAUGUUUGUGGAAGUUGAACUCCCCUUUCGAUUUGUAGAGCAUGUUGCUUUUAGGAGGUAUUCAAAUGCUUUGCAACCAAGAUUUAAGAUCCUAUCAUGUUAUACCAUAUCACGGAAUAUUGUGACAUUAUGGAAUGCAAAAAAGAUAUAUUUGAAGGAUUUUCUUUCUCAACAUUGUCAAAGAGUUUGUCUCACUACUGAUGCAUGGACUUCACCUCAAAAUCAAAGUUAUAUGUGUUUAACAGCCCACUUCAUCGACAAUGAUUCGAAUUUGCAUAAAAGGAUUUUGAAUUUCCGUCAAGUAAUAAGUCAUACUAGAGAGGCCAUGGCUAAAUUUGUUGAGUCAUGCUUGCAUGAAUGGGGGUUGAGUCGUGUUUUGACCUUGACAAUAGAUAAUGCUACAUCAAAUGACACGGGAGUUCAACACUUGAAGAAAAGACUAUUGUCUUGGAAUAACUCGGUUUUGAAAGGUGACUAUACUCAUAUGCGUUGUUAUGCACAUAUUUUGAACUUAAUUAUGAGUAGUGGUCUAAAAGAGAUUGAUAACUCUGUUUUAAGAAUUCGUGCUGCAGUGGAAUAUAUUAGAUCAUCUCCUUCUAGAUUUAUGAAAUUCAAAGAGUGUGUUGAAAGACAAAAGAUUGAAUAUAAAGGUCAUAUUUGCUUGGAUGUUGAAACAAGGUGGAAUUCAACAUAUUUGAUGUUAGAUGCUGCUUUCAAGCAUAAAAUGGCAUUUGUUGAGCUUGAGUUUUAUGAUACAAAAUAUGCUAAUGAGUUAGGAAAGGAGAUUGGAUUGCCUUCUUAUGAAGAUUGGGAGUAUGUUGAGUCUAUUCUACCUUUCUUGAGCAUUUUUUAUGAAGCUACUUUGCGCAUCUCAGGUAACUCUUAUGUUACUAGUAAUAUCUACAUGUUAGAAGUGGUAGGAAUUUUGAAUGGGAUCAAUCAUCUCCUAAAGUCCAAUGCUACAAGCAGUGCUACAUAUAAGAUGGCUGAAAAAAUGAGAAAACAAUAUGAGAAAUAUUGGGGUGAACCUAACAAGUUCAAUAUAUUGUUGUUAAUUGUUGUUGUCUUAGAUCCUAGAUACAAUUGA